UCUUGUGUGGAAAAAAUGUUUGAUGGUUUUGUCAUUAAAUAUUUUAUGAUUGUAGUGUUAAAUUAAAGGAACUUGGCCUAAUAUGAUUUUAAAUUGAAUUUAUUCCUGUGAUAGAAAUUUGAAUAAAAUUUGAAGCAAUGUGGUAUUAAUGAUAAAAAAAUUGGUUUUUCAUUUCGUUUUGGUUUAGUAGAUGAUGUCCGGCGAAGAGUGGGAUAAUGUUGAUGAUCCAGAUUCAACAAUUCAAGAUUCAAGAAGUAACAACGUGGCCAAAAAGUCGAAUCAAGGGUUAGCUAGCAAGAUGUUUUCGUGCGUUAAUUCUUUUUUCUUCGCCGGCAUCAUAUUUACUAUUCUAGUUGCCCUGCAAAGUUCACCUCCAAAAAUAUCAAAACCACCAAAUGCACGACCUUUUUUCAAUCAAAGUUCGAUAAUAACCGAUUUUUACAAAGGACAUUUAAAUGCAAUGAUAGAGAGGAUAAUGGAUUCGGAUUUUAGUUUUAUAAUGUACUAUGCACCCUGGGAUGCUGAAAGUCAGAAUUUAAGGGCAGAAUUUGAAACUGUAUCUAAAUAUUACCAUUCUCAGAUAUUCUUUGCUGCAAUUAAUUGCUGGCAUCCUGGAUCAGAAUGUAGAGCUCAAGUCAAUAAAAUCCAAAGUUAUCCAAUUCUAAUGCUCUAUCCAUCGAGGCAUUCAGGAAUUCCUUAUAAAGGCAUACAAACAGCUCCUUAUAUGAUAAAAUUUCUCGAUGCAGUUAUGAAGUCUAUUAUUAGAAUAACCGACAAAACACAAUUGGAUAGUCUUCUUGUCGAGAAAGAUGCUGUAGUUUUGGGCUUUUUUAAUUUUACCGGAGUGGCCAAUAGUCCAGGUUAUAAGGAAUUUUAUUUAGCCUCAUUGCGAUCGCUCGAAAGGGAUCCAAAUCAGGAAAUUAUUUACGCUGCCAUUACUAAUCCAAAAAUAGCCGAAUUAAAUUACAGUGUUGUUAAAUUUCCUCACGCAAGGCUAUUCAUGUGGAAUGAAUCUAUAAGUUAUGCUGAAACUGAUAAGUGGACGACAGAUAAUUUAUUGAUUUGGACCGGCAAGGAAACGCAUCGAGUCAAUCUUUGGCUCCAACCACCGGGGAGUAAAUCUUCAACAUUUGCUCCUUAUCUUUGGGAUGGUCCAGUACUUUUUCUCUUCACACCCAGAAAUCCUCUGCAUAAGGAAAAUUACAAUUACAAUCUCUUGAAGGAGAUGGCACUACGAUAUUAUAAUUGUAUUGAUAAUAUUGUAGCUAACAAAUUAGUCGAUGGUUUAAGGGAAAAACGACUUGAAGCCAGUGUGAGACAUCAGAGUAAAAGUAAACAGUGUUCUAAACUUUUAAAAGAGUUAAAUAAUCAAAAUACCAUUCCUACAGUUAGUGUUUCGAUUCAACAGUGGAUUAAUGACACUUGCUGCUCACAAAUAGUAAUGAACAAGUGUCUACUGUGCAGAAAAAGAGACUUUAUUGAACAAAUUGAUGAAUCCAUGUGCAGUAUUCCUUUGAAAGAAAUGAAUGAAGUGUGUCUCGAGAGGGAUGUAUUCACUGUUCCUUCUAAACUCACAAACAAUAAUGAAUACGAAUUAUGUUGCAAUAAACACAAGGAAGAAAAUAAUCCUCAAGAUGUAAUCAAUUCAAGUGUUAAUUCUGGUGAAAAUGAUCCAUACUCAGCAGUGGAGAUACAAAAAUUUUUCUACAAGGAACAAUGUCGAUUAUUGCUGAUUGGAAAUAAAUACCAUCGUCCAAUAUUUCCGAAAAACAAAGAGAAACAAAAUCUUAAUUUGACACCAUCAAUUUGUGAAAUUAAUAAAACUCUCUCAUUUGUUGCCGUCGAUAGUCUUUACUAUUUCCAUUUUGCAGAAGCACUUGGAAUCGAUAUUUCAACUCAGAAAGAUAAAACCGCAGUUGUCAUUUUAGAUCCCACGGAAGAGAGUCAUUAUGUUUUGAAAGAGGAACUUUCAAUGUAUUCAUUAACAGAAUUUAUUAACAAUUACACUGAUGGAUUUUUACAACGAACAUUACGUUCUGAUAAAAGUAGACGUUUUGCUCAUUCCUACAAGAAGAGCAUGGAGUUUAAAACUAUUGAGAAAUCAACGGUACAUAUACCUGAAUUGACAACGGAGAAUUUUUUAGAAACUGUUUUAGAUUCUAAGAAGGACGUUGUAGUGUUCUACCAUUCUCCUUAUUGCGGUUUUUGCAGCGCAAUUGCGUACACAUACUUAAGUGUAGCUAAUUAUUUAUCAAAAAUGGAUCAUCUUAUUUUUGUGAGAGUUGAUGGUGAUAAUAACGAUUUACCAUGGGAAUAUAAUAUGGAUCGUUAUCCGUCAAUACUUUUCUUUCCAGCGAAGAGAAAAGAAGAUAGCACAGUAUUUCCUUUCACUUUACCAGUGACAAUAGCGAAUCUCUUGAAUUUCGUCUUAGCCAAUUUGGACGGUGAUUCACACGUGGAAGCUUUGGUUAAUAUUUGUCAUAUUGGAUCCGGUGAAUCGCACAAGGAUUGUGUGAUUCGAAUACGUUGGCUUUGUUUAGAUAUAAUCGAUAACCUUCUCCACGAAUACCGACAAUUACGAAGACACGCUUCAUUAUCAGGAAAAAGAAUUGCCAACAAGAGACUGAUAUUGCUCAAGUUAAAUCAUAUUAAAAGUAUUCAUUUAAUUUUGGAAUCUACUGACAAUUUGGUUAAGGACAAGGAUAAAGUGAAGGUAAUUCAAAAUAAAUUUAAACACUACUAUAGAAAGCUCUCUCAAUUAAAUGGAAAUCUGAGAGAAACGAAUAAACCUCAAAUUCGAAGUAAACAACAUUUAUCGAGAGAUGAGUUGUGAUAUUUUUAUCGUAGUUGAUAAUAAUGUAAUUAAUUCCUCUUCUCAUUAACUAUUUCAACUUUUGAAGAAAAUGUACAGAAAAAAUAAUCUUAUAUAGUACUGCAGAGACUGAAGUAAAAAUAAUUUAUAUUUUGCGAGAAAUAUAAUCUCAUAAGGUGCUGAAAUGUAACGAAUGAAUUGUAUUAUAAAAGUGAGAUGUAAAUUAGAGAAUUUGUCUCUUCCGUAAGACAAAUAUAUUGUUUAAAAUAUUACAUAUAUACUGUAGGUUUAUUAAUUAAAAUGAAAAAAGUUACUGAAAAGGAGUAUUUAAAUUGAGGCCAAACUAAAGUUCCUCUAAAAAUUCAAGCCAAGAAAUAUUAUUCUAAAGUUGAUUGCGAAAUCAAGUCUUUUUUCAAUAGAAAAUUAAAGAGCUGAAUGUCUUAAGGAACGUGCCUGUAAAUCAUUAUUGUAAAUACGAUUUUUCUUCAAAGGAUUGCAAAACUUCCUUUUAGCAAUAACUCACAUAUCAAAGAAAAAUUAAUUUAACUUAUUAAUAAAGGAAAAAAUUACUUUCUAAGUUGAUUAAUUGAUAAGUUUCCGAGGCAAAUGAGAGAAAUAUUUAAAUUAAUUUUUGAUAAGAAUGUUAUUAAAAAUUAAUACGAAAUAGUAAUUAAUUAAUACAAAAUAAUAAAUAAUUAAUGCAAAAUAAUUAAUUAAUACAAAAGAGUAAUAAUUAAUACAAAAUAGUAAUUAAUUAUUAUUUACCUUAUAAAAUAUAUUAUUAUAAUGUAAAUAUAAUUAAUAGUAUUAUUUUGAAUUCAUCACUCGGUGAUAUUUUAAUUAAUUAACUGCUAGUAACCUCUAAAUCUGCUCAAGCAUUUAAAUGAGAUUUUCAUCAAAAAUACACAGCAUUUCUUGAAUGCUUUUUAAAUAAUUUUAACUUUAAGUUAAUUUAAUAAUGUUUGUAUUGUGAAAAUAUUUUUGAUUCGCUGUUGUAUUUUUAUUGUGAAUGUUUUUCAAGACAUUUUUUUCUUUGUACACGAUCAUUAUUGUGCUUAAAUAAUUAAGUAAGCAUUAAAUGAUUUGUAAGCUUAGCUGUUAAGAUAAUUUGUUUUUGUAAAUUUAUUUAUAAAAAUAUGUCAGAUUUUGAUGAUUUUGUGUGUAAAAAAGAUUUUAUGAGAUUGAACUGAAUGUUGCUAUUAAGAUCAACAAAGUGCAACAAAGUUGGAGAUUUGUUACUUAACUUGUACUUGAAAUUGAAUAAUUUAUAAAAAUGCAAUUUAGAUAAGUAUGAAAAAACUGAAUGAGUGUGCCUAUUGUGAAAAUAUGUAAAUAUUGUUAUUACGUAAUAAAAUAUAAAGAUUUUAUGUUAAUAAA